UCAGAAGAGAGACCUACAAACUCAAAAUCUGGGUUCUACCCAGAAAACAACUUGAUUCAACAAAAAUUUCAUGGUUCAUAUCUUAAUCUAAGUGAAAUAGACUGAAGUAUUUCAGCAUACCCACACAGUGAGAUGAAUACAAAGAGAAUAAUAAUGGGGAUACAACCAUUGUUAACUAAGCCGAAGAAAGUUCGUAAUUGCAUUAUGGGUUUCUUUUGUUUUAUCAUAUUAAUGUUAUUAGCACCAAAAAUUCCUCCUUCUCCUAAUUACCAUCGUUUUUCAGACAUGCGCAAUUUUCUAGGAGUUCCAAAUACAUUAAAUGUAAUCACAAAUUUCCCAUUUUUGAUUGUGGGUGUUCUUGGUUUUGUCAUUUGUCUCCAAGGAAGCAUAUUUGUUAUCAGUUUAAGAGGAGAACUUUGGGGUUGGGCAUUUUUCUAUGCUGGAAUUGUUGGAAUUGCAUUUGGGUCUGCUUAUUAUCAUUUGAAGCCUGAUGAUAACAGAGUUGUUUUUGAUAGGCUUCCGAUGAUGGUUGUUUAUGCUUCAUUGCUCUCCAUUUUUGUUAUUGAGAGAGUAGGAGAGCGGAUUGGGGUAAUGUGUUUGUGUUUGGUUCUUAUGCUUGCUCUUGUUAGUAUUGCCUAUGAAAGGAGUUUUGAUGAUCUUAGAUUGUGUAUGAUGUUCCAACUGAUUCCGCCCAUAGUGAUACCUGGAUUGGCGUUUAUGUUCCCACCCAAGUAUACACAUUCAAUAUACUGGUUUUGGGCGGCAGGGGUUUACCUGCUUGCAAAAUUCGAAGCUUUUGCUGACAUGAAAAUUUAUGGUUUAGACCAUUACAUCAUCAGUGGACACUCCUUGGAGCAUCUAUGUUUGGUCAUAAUUCCUGUUUUGCUCAGCAUCAUGCUUAUGUACAGAAGUACUAGAACACCAAGGUUAGGUGAUCUGAAAGACUGUCGAUGAUUUGCCCCUUACCAGAGAUUGUAACCGAAAUUGUAACGAAGAAGAAACCAGAAAUGUAAGUUUCGGACGAGAAGCAUUAGAUAGGUACAAUGCAGAACCAAUCCUAGGUACAACAAGUAGUUCAAAUCUUGGGUUGCUUUCAAGAUCCUCAAGAACGGCCGCACAUCAUAUCGUCCGAGGUUCACAACUAGUACUGUCUCUUUACUACCGGGCAAUCAGAUGACAUAAAUGACCUCUAUUUCAGUUUUACAGACAUAGAAUUUCUCAUUGAAUCUUAAACAAAAUUAGUUUCUUAGAAAAAUUGGGUUUGUUCUAUUUUUUGUAUGAAUCCAAAAAACUGCCUAAAGCCAUAAGCCUUAUUUUGGGGGUGGGGUCUCAAAAGUCAUUGAGAAAAUAUUUUGGAAUUUUUUUUUUACAUAACAAUUUUACAGUUCUAUUAGAUACACAGCAAACAUGGACUUCAA